GCGGCAGUGACAUCGAGCCAUGGCUAAGGACGGGUCAGAGCACAGCGGGGGGCACAGUAGCGACUGGUUCACUCACGAUGGACUGGAGCUGGGCGAGCUGGAAUCAGUAACAAGCUCUUCACUAAAGCAUGUCCUGAACUCCGUCGCCGCUGUGGGCCAGGAACACAGAAUGCCGCUGCAGUACAAAGCUCGGGUGCAGAAAGCAGGAAACAACAAUUUCCCAUUCUCUUCUCAUGACAACAGACAUGACAUAUGCAAUGCAGUCGAGUAUUUUGACCUGGGCAUGGGCGUGAGGAAGUUGGAUCCAGAGAAGCAGAGACAGAACUCCCAUAACUUCUUCGAGUGGUCUCGUGCGCCGGGACGGAGCAGCCGCGAGGGCUUCGUCACCGUGUACCAGAGCACGUUUGUGUCGGGUCAGAGCCCCGAAAAUGACAAGCAGUGUCACAGACGCUACCCCAAACACCACUGCCAGAGCCACAGCGACCAGGAACAACGCUCCAGCACACCUGCUACUGAGGAUGAGACAGCCCUGAAGCCAUCCCAGACACCCGAGACACCCGAGACAUCCGAGACAUCUUCACCAGCAAACACCUCUGGAACACCCACCGAGCAAGUGUGAACUGUUCACUAGUCAAACCAAUGGUGGAGGAAUAAACAUUGAGUGAAACGCACCUGGCAGUACCUUGAGAGUUCAUUACCUUGCAUUGCUCUGAAUACAUACAUUUCUAGAAAAGCUUUAAAGAGGAGCACCACCAUCCCUGGGCAGCCAUUCCAGAACUUUAUCACCCUUUCUGUAAAACAUUUUUUUCCUAAUAUCCAACCUAAAUUUCCCUUGGUGCAGCUUGAGGCUGUGUCCUCUGGUUCUGUCAGUGCUGCCUGGAGAAAGAGCCCAAGCCCACCUGAGCACAGGCACCUUUCAGGAGCUGUAGAGAGUGAUGAGGGCACCCCUGAAUCUCUUUUUUUCCAGGCUGAGCAUCCCCAGCUCCCUCC